AUGGGGAAAGAAUCCCAUACAUUGAAAAAAGGUGCUGUCGUCCAGCACUUUGCCAAAGCCCAUUACCUGAAAGGUCAACUGCAAGGGAGCAAGGAGUCUUUGGCAACAACGAUUCGCUUCGUCACGCUGAGUUGCCGAAAACUGUCGAGUGAACUCCACCAAACCGCCCUGUCUGGGCUUCUGCGAUAUCCCUCUGUACCGUUUGCUGCACUCCAGGAGGCACGCAUGGGAGAUCGGCUCGACAUCAGCAUCGAAAAUUACGAGAAGUCUAAAAUACCUAGCCAGCAGGUGGUUAUUGUCGGAAUCGACGCAAAUGCCAAGAUGGGACUCGAACAACAACCCAAUGUGCAAGAAGAAUGGUAUUAUCCACCGGAGCGCACGUGGAACAACGAUCACCGUCUCGUUGACUUAUGUGAACAGACUGGCCUCAUCCUCGCUAUCACGUUUAAUAGGGAUCAUCGACGCCAUCAGCUCACGUGA